UAUCUAUUACCAGAAGAAGAAAGCGGGGGUGAAAUCAAUUUGAAAACAGGAAAGACGGGCGAUUUAGUUUGGAACAAUUCUUGGCGCUCGCCAAUUUGAUUGCUUAGAGGAGGUAAAAAGGGGAACAUGUUUGUUGUAGUUUCUUUUAAAAAAAUUCUUUGAUGGGUGGGUGAGGUUUGAACCUGUCAACCACUGGUUGGAAGCUAUGCGUUGAAUUCUACUUCCUACUGUUGUAAUCCGGCGUCAACCAAACCAAACCAAACCAACUGCGGCCACCCUCCCUCCCUUCCCAAUGCCAUUGAUGCUUUUGGCUUGCGUUUGAAGCUGCCCUUCAAAGGCAUUUCGUCGAGCAUCUGGGGCCCCUUUCAUCUUGGCCUCAUAUCGCCUUCGACACCGCGUGUGUCUGUUCGCCAAACAAGACUCAGACAAACACAUUUUCUUAGCUUUUCAUUCUUCAACUCAAAGUAAUUCACCUCUAAUCAACCCCUUAAGCUCCCUUCUCCAACCCACUCCCGCACCACCAUUCCCAUUCUCUUGCUAACUUUACAAGCCAAAUCGAAUCUCAGCUUUAAAGGAACAUCUGAACUACUCCUUUUCGACGAUUUGUCAAAUUCUUUGGACCCAACCCAUCAUCCUCUUCUGCUGGAGCGAAGGAGGGUUAGUGGGGUCAAACCCAGAAUAUGAAGCUUUCCGCAUUACAGCAGACCUAUGCUGCCCGUCGGGCCAAUAGCUUCAGAGGAUCGCCGUUGGAUUCGUCCACGGAUAGUCCAAUCAAGUCGCCGGCGGGGAUUUUCUGGCUAGUUCUUCAUGGACUUUGUUGCCUCAUCAGUCUUGUGCUUGGAUUUCGCUUCUCUCGUCUUGUGUUUUUCCUUUUCUUCUCUACUUCCACUACCACUAACCUCUACUUGACUCCUUUUCGAUCCGCUACUGACCUGAACAUUCACUCUACUUCGCUGCCAAAUCCGACUGUAAAUCUUGAAAUUCCUGCGAAUUCGACGACGACUACGACCAUUGCCACUUCGAGUAGCCGCGUGGUCGUAGGGAGGCAUGGGAUCCGAAUCCGGCCGUGGCCACAUCCAAACCCUACUGAAGUCAUGAAGGCUCACCAGAUUAUUGAGACGGUACAGAGGGAACAAAGGCGCCAAUUCGGGGUCAAGAAUCCGCGAAAGUUAAUUGCUAUAACGCCAACUUAUGUGCGGACUUUCCAGGCGCUCCACAUGACUGGUGUUAUGCACUCGCUAAUGUUGGUCCCUUACGAGCUUGUUUGGAUCGUGGUGGAGGCCGGUGGAAUCACCAACGAGACUGCUUCUGUUCUUGCCAAGUCUGGGCUGGAGACUAUUCACGUUGGGUUCAAUCAGCGGAUGCCAACUUCUUGGGAGGGUAGGCAUCGAAUUGAGGCUCAGAUGAGGCUUCAUGCUUUGAGAAUUGUGAGCAAAAUGAGGCUGGAUGGAAUUGUGAUAUUUGUGGAUGACAGUAAUAUGCACAGUAUGGAGUUCUUUGAUGAGAUCCAGAAUGUGAGGUGGUUUGGUGCUCUGUCUGUCGGAAUUAUCGUUCAGUCAGAUAAACAAGAUGAAUCAUCAGAGGAGGUGGAGAACCUUCCAAUUCCUGCUCAGGGUCCUGCUUGUAAUUCUUCCAAUAAGUUGGUUGGUUGGCACACCUUCAAUGCGCUCCCAUAUGCCGGAAAGAGUGCUAAAUUCAUUGGUGACAAGACAUCAGUUCUUCCGAGAAAGCUUGAGUGGUGUGGGUUUGCGUUGAAUUCCAAGUUGCUAUGGAAAGAUGCAGAAGAUAAGCCAGAAUGGGUCAAUGAGUUUGAUACAUUGGAUGUUGGUGAUGAUGCUUUAGAGAGUCCCUUAUUUCUUUUGAAGGAUGCAUCGAUGGUUGAGCCUCUUGGAAGUUGUGGCCGCCAAGUUUUGCUCUGGUGGCUCAGAGUUGAAGCUCGUUUCGAUAGCAAAUUUCCUCAUGGGUGGUUAAUCGACCCUCCUUUGGAGAUUACUGUACCUGCAAAACGAACACCAUGGCCGGAUGUUCCUCCCGAACUCCCUACUGGUGAAAAAGCUCGGAGAGGCAACCACGAGGAAACAACUAAGCUUCCUGCAAAGGCUCAUUCAUCCAGAUCCAGAAGUUCUCGAAGCAAGAGAAAGCGGCACGAACCGAAAGUGGUGGAUACUCAAACCUCAGUGAGACAUUCUCAGAACUGAAAAGAAACAGGCCAUAUCACGUCCAUGAUCUUUCUGGUGUCCAAAGAUUAGAUGAUAAGAAUUGAAGGGAAGAAAUGGUUUUUGAGGUAGGCAGGUAAAAAAGAUCGUGGUCUGGUCUCAAUGUGAAUGUGAAUCAGGAGAGGCAGGCUUCAUAACAGGGCCCAUGUAUACAAAGAAUUCAGUUUUGAUUUCAGACUCGGUUACAGUUUUCUCUUUUCUAUUAAAAAUUUUUAUUUUUUUGUUUCAUUAUGGGGUGAUUGAUGUUCUAAUGUGGUGAGAAGGGGAUUUGUACCUGCUGCUGCUACUGCAGGGAAGCGUGUAUUCAAUAUGUUUCAACAUUUUAUACGUGAUGCUCUCAAUAGUGUAGUUGUGAGGCCGUUUGCCUACUUCAUAAUCAUAGAACAUAAAACAAA